GCAGGCGGUCGCGGCACACCGGAACGGCACGGAGCACGCAGCGCCAUGGCCUACGUCACAGCCGCCGCCACCGCCACCCGCGUCUGCGCCGUGCUGGCCGCUGCCGUCGCCUGCGCCGCCGCCGCCGCACUCCCCCUGCCGAGCUACAUCAAGCCUUGCAAAAUAAACGAUCCUGGCCUGAAUGAAUGUUCACUGAAGAAUGGUCGAGAGGCAAUACCAUCCAUCCUAAAAGGAGACCCCAAGUACCGGGUGCCCAGCAUGCAGCCGCUGGUGAUCAGCGAGGUGAGCGUGGCGGACCGCGGCCUCAACAUCACGCUGCGUAACGUGCGCCUGCACGGCAUCUCCGACAUCGAGUUCCGCUCCUCUGUAUUUGACCCAAAAGGCAAGAAGUUCGAGUGGGGCUUCUUCCUGCCGCGGCUGGAAGUUCUAGCCGACUACCAGGUGGACGGCAAGAUUCUCGUGCUGCCACUGAAAGGCAGUGGCCCCGCUAACAUUACUCUCGUUGACGUCCCACUGACGCUGAAGUUCGAGUACGAGCUGGUGAAGAAGGAGGACGGGAAGGAGUACUUGAACCCAACCAAGGCGACGCCCACAUUCGACACCAGCCGGACCUACAUACAGCUCGACAACCUGUUCAACGGCGACAAACUGCUGGGAGACAACACGAACAUGUUCCUGAACGAGAACUGGCGGGAGGUGACAACGGAUGUGGGCCCCGUGAUAGCACAGGCGAUCGCCGAGGCGGUGCGCCAGAUCCUGUCUGGCAUCGCCCUGCAGGUGCCCUACGAGCAGCUCUUCAUCCAGUAGCGGCCAGCGCACCAUCCAGCCACCUGGUAGCUGCUUAUCUACACUCGUUCUCAGAGUGCACCGGCGCUAGUGCAGCAUUUUAGGGUAGACGCUAAGAUGUACCUCUAGAGUCGAAGCUCAUUAAAUCACUCUUCCUU